CGUGAGGAGGUGAACAUCACAGAUACGCCCCAGAAAAAGAGUGUAAAUGACAGUGGGUUGCUCUCUUUUUCCUGCCAGCGCUCCGAAGCUAAACUACAAUCAUCUCAUGCCGACGAUGAAAAUAUGGCAGCUGGAAGAGCAAGGUCCUUCCAUCGUGCUGGGAGUCUCAUGCGGAGUAAAUCUGAGGGGACACUGAUUGAUCUGGAUGACGUCUCUACCAGCAACAACCUGAGUGGUGGGUACAGGACAAAGAACUCUGAGUGGCCACUUUUACAGCCUGAAGUCGCACGUACAUCUCAGUCAAAAAAUCCCUUUUGGAACAAACUGUCUGGAUCAAACCCUUUCUUAGAGGACAUCGUAGACAGCAGCGUAGAAAAAAACAUUUCCAACACAUCAAAUAUAAAACAAGACGAUGAAAAACAUCUGGACACAAAUAAUGAUGAUGCCAUUAGUACGUCUUCAGAUGAAGGCAAUGUCGGGAAGUUUUUGGAAAAAAAACACAAAGCCAGUAACAGAUCUGGGAGAUGGAGAAGUGCUUCAGACAUCCUAGAUGAUCUGGAGAGAAAAGUGCCAAAACGGCAGAACAGCUUCAAACCGCCUGGGCCAGUGCUUAAUCCGGAUUUUGAGUGGCUAAAGAAUGACAGAGAGGCCUAUAAGAUGGCCUGGCUGAGCCACAGGCAGCUAACACGCUCAUGUCUGGACUUAAAUCUAAUGAGCCAGAGUCCAGGGUGGGCUCAGACGCAGGCCACUGACUUUCAGGUCAUCUGCAAGAUCGGCCAUGCUGGAGGCUCAGUACAGUUGCCAGAAUCAGAAAUUAGCAUCCAUAUCCCAGAAGGCCAUGUUCCUCCUGGAGAAGUCCAGGAAGUUACACUGAAAGCACUGCUAGACCCUCCUCCUGGACUCAAUAACAACUAUGUGACAACCAUGAGUCCGCUUCUCGAGGUGGUUCUCAGCAACAUCAACAUAAAGGAGUGCAUCUCUCUGGAGGUGAAACUGGCUGGAGAGGUGAAGAACGACCCGUUGAGUCAGGUGAUGACUACUGUGUUCGGGCUGGUGUCCAACAAAAGAGAGGGACCUUACCUUAAAGUGGACGACUGUUACAUUUACAAGAACAUGAUACAGAUGAAGCUGCAGGAACUGAAGACACAUUUUUAUGUAAUUGCAGUCGCAGAGGCCUCUGCAAUCCAGGCUCCCGCUACAUCAGUGUGGGAUUACCUUGACCGCCAAAUCACAGUAGCAGUUUAUGGUCCCAGGUUCAUCCAUCCAUCAUUCAAGGCUGUAAUAGUGGUUUGCUGUCAUGAGGACGUUCCGCCAAAGCUUCCGUUUUCAGUGACAGGAAACAAAAAUCUGCCUCCACUUGUGCUGCAGCUUUGGGGGAAACAUCAGUUUAAACCAGACAAACUGCACAACCUGCAUGUCGGGAUAAACCUCACAGGCUCAAUAUUCAAAAUCAAACCUGGGGACGAGCUGAAAGAAGUGAGACAAAGUCAGCUCAAAAUAGGGACAGUUUUGCAACUGCCAGUUGCGCUAUCUUGUGCUAGUAAUACAGAAAUGAGUCCUUUUAAAUUGGAUCUACAAGUGAAGGAAACAAAUGCUGCAACUGUUGCACAUUUCCAGGUUCCUUCCCCUCCCACAGCCCCCAUCAGAUCAGAAAAGCGAGUGCCAAGGCAGGUAGAAAAGCGGGUUGAAAUGUCAAGAAGCUUACCUAUUCCCGAGGAAAGGGUUCCAGAUUCCCCCAAAUUCACAAACAGACCUGUGAACCUACAGUGGUACGGCGUAGCCUUAAAGUCAGUUCUCCGCCAACCACGCGUAGACUACCUUCUGGAGUAUUUCAAGGGGGACACUGUGGCUCUCUUAUCCCGAGAGACCGUCAGGUCCGUGGGUAACUCAAAAGUAAAGGAGUGGUAUAUCGGAUUCCUCCGAGGCAGGACUGGUUUAAUUCACUGCAAGAACAUCAAGCUCAUAACCAGAGACCAGGUGAUCGACUUCACCGGCAUUCAAAUCACCACAGAGGUCCUGUUGGACAACAUGACGCUGCCCUUCAAGAAACUUACUUAUAUGUACUCUGCCAUCCAGACAUUGGUCACUGAGCACAUAACCAGCUGGAGAGGUUUUGCUGAUGCUUUAGGGUAUAGCAAUCUGAUGCUGGACACCAUCACACGGAGGCAUGCUGAAACUGAAGCUGAUAAAGUUGCCUGCGUACUGGAGAAGCUGAAGGAGGACUGCCAUGCUGAGAAGAGCAGGAAGAAGUUUCUACGUGAGCUCCUGGUGGGUCUGUUGAAGAUGGACUCUGUGAAUCUCGUCGCCCAGCUGAUUCAGAACACUGUCAUUUUGUCCACCGCUGUGGAGCUAGGAGCUCGAUGGCGGGAGCUUGCUGAUAAAAUGGGAAAACUCUCCAGUGCUCAGAUAGCAGGCUAUGAGGCGCCGCACCGAGGGAAGAGCGGAGAAGUCAGUGUCCAGUCAAUGUGGAAGCCCGCCUAUGACUUCCUGUACUCCUGGAGUCUGCGGUACGGAGACAGCUACAGAGACAUGAUUCAGGAUCUGCACCUGGUCCUGGACAAAAUGAAAAACCCUGCCACCAGACAGUGGAGGCAGCUGACUGGUGCCCUCAUGACAGUGAACUGUCUCGAUAUCUUUAGAGCCUCUGCACACCCAAAAUCCUAAACUUCAUGCAAGCACACUCUAGUGACGACGGCAACAUCCACGCACUUGAGAGACACAAAGGUUUUGUUCCACAGGAAUAAGGUUUUGAUGUUGCCUUUGAUGUUACUUUGCCCUUUUCUGUAAGGUUUUGCUCACUCAUUUUUAAACAAAGGUACUUAAUUGAAAUUUAAUGAGGUACUUGCACUAAAAGCUUGGAUCUCACUAAGUGAAUUUAAAAUAUGUUUUCACAAUUUUUUAACUGUGAAGAAAUCUCACUGCAUACCACCAAGAGAAGAAAAUGAAGUCCCGUUUGUCACCUUUCUCUAAAUAUAUCUGUGCAAAUGUGAUGAAGCCUUAAUAUGAAAGUUCAUUUUGGUAGAUCAUUUUCAGUCAAACAUAUGAGGUCAGUAGUUCACGACUGACAUCAACUGUCCUGUAUAUCAAUUAUCUCAAUGCUUCUUGUCAUCCCUUGCCUUUGCAUAGAAGGGAAAUGUUACUCAAGACAUUUACUGACAUUUACAUUUACUUUCUGCAAAUAUGCAUCACCUGUAGAGCAGGUUGAAUUAUUACUUCAAUUUCUAUUUGAUUUCUUCCACUGCAUUCCUUAAAUCACUGACUACAAUAAGUUUUUAAAUUAAGGAUUCUCAUAAUUAGAAUCUGCUUCAUCUUUGUGGAUCCUGUGAAACUUUGUAUCUGAGGGGUUUUUUUUUAUGCAUCUGUGCUGGCAAUAGCCAUGGGCGGAUGUAUUAUCUUUUGGGGUUGUCAGUCCAUGUCACCUUACAUCCAUCUAUUUCUCAUGAAUCCGAUAUCUCACGAAAGCCUUGAGGGAACUUGGAUGCAAGUCUAGUUAGGUUUCCAUUUUCUGUAACAUGUUUUAGAGUUGUUCUGAUUCUGAUACUAAUAUCAGAAAUACUCACAUACUGCCUAAAAUGCUUGCUCUGGCAGGUAUUGACGAGCACAUAAGUCUAUGCAGUUUUCUAUGUAGUUUCACACCUGGAUAAAUUGUCAGGUUUCCCAGAUAUCAAUUCUUCGCAGCUCUAAAAUAGUAGCUUACACAGCAAGUUAUGCUGUGCAGCCACUGGCAACUACUGUUACACAGUGGCAAUGGAGAACUGAUUACUGUUCAAAAGUGUAACAUUAGCCAUUAAAAAAAAUGUCAAACUAGAUAAUAAAGAAAGUUCUAUGGCAGUUAUUCUCAGGAUGUAUAUGUUUAUAUUUUACAUAGGGUUAAUCUGAGCAAUGUGAUACCACAUUGAUAGCAAUUAUUUCACAUCUGUACAGAGUUACUAGUAUACAGAUGUUUUUGUUUUGUUUUGGGGUUUUUUGGGGGGGGUUGUAUAAUGGUAUCGGAUCAGAACUCAGCUGUAUCAGCUGAUACACAAGUUCAGGAACGGGAAUUGCUAUUGGGAAGGAAAAAAUAGUAUUGACCAUCUCUAAUAUGUACAACAUCUGUUUAUUCUGUAAUAUACUGUAAGUAGCCAAUAAUAAUGUGAAAACUGUUGCUAACUAACAAUCUCAAGGGUCGCAGUACUGACAGUACAUUCAUCUGUAUUGAAGUGUGUGUGCUAAAAAUGAGAAUGUGCUACCAAAGUGAAAGUUUUCUGAUGCCAGUAAACAAACCAUAGCGAUGCUACUAUAGAAGUGAUAUAAACUAUUGUCUUAAAUGUAAGUAAUUAUAGUGUAUUUGCUAUUUUUUAUACUGUAGUGUAUAGAUAUGUACAAAGAUCCAUUUCAUUAAGGUAUACAAUGUUACUGUUGUGUUUGUAUCAUCAUGUUUUCAUUGCCAAAUGGAAACCUCAUUGUGUAGAGUAGUGCCAGUGAAGUAUAGUAAGCAGUGCCCUCAGUCACAGAAAUAUUAAAUAAGGGAGAUGUGUUGCAAGAAAUAUGAAUAAAACGUAAAAUAAAGCUGCAGAAAACUGA